UCUGAAAAAACUGAAAAGAUGGAUCUACAGUGUGUAGCCACGCGAAAAUAGCGAUCACUAAAGAAACCUGUGCGAUUUUCAACGGAAUUCCUCAGAACGGACACCCAUACGACAAUCAUAUGAGUUGGGUUCUCCAAACAGAGAAAUUAUCGGGGGGAAAGAGGCGACUUUACUAAAGUGCUUGAGUGUUUGAGGUCUUUUUGUGCUAUUSAGAGUGUGCUGGUGCUCGCCAGGCCUUUUUUAAACCGUGGAAGUAGAAGGAGUCGCGCGAGCUGUACACCAUUAACGGAGCACAGCGUUUUUCAUGCUGGAGUGUAGCAGCGAUCAGGCCCUCAGCAUUCAGUCUACUGCACGAAUGAAUACGCUUGGAGGAGACAAGGAGCUGAGCGAUCUUUUGGAUUUUAGCGCGAUGUUCGCGCCUCCAGGAUCUCUGGUCGGAAAAUCUGCAGGAACAUUAGCCGAAUCAGGCCUGUCUGGUUCACUACAUCGAACAGGCACUUUGGAAGAAAGCUCCACGUGGCAAGCGAACGUCUCGGGAUAUGACAGGGCUUACCCCUCUGACUCAAGCCAUGGAUUGUAUGGAACUAUCGACGAUGUAGACACAGAAUUUUUAGCCAGAAAAACUACGAGUUUUUCAAGCUAUCUCACGUCAAACUCACUCGCGAAUUUAGGUAAAUCUAAAGAUCCCUACACUUCAUCUUAUUCUCCWGGUUAUAGAGACUCUGGUUUAGCCUCAACACAAGGAGCCAGCGAUGUCUCAUUAUCAAGCUCCGACUGGAGACCACGAAAAUACAAGUCAAGCAAAAACAAUGGAUCAAUCUCAUCAGUAUAUUCUCCAGGAGCUGAAGACAUGAUGUCACAUGCCGGAGAGAGUAUACCUCAACCUCACUAUUCUCCGAAAGGCGGACUAUAUGGCGAUUCUUAUUACAUGGAUCAUGGUUCWCCAGAUCCGUGGGGUCACUCGGGUCAACUGGGCUCUACUACAUCUUACUCUACCUCAGCUGGAACUUACGCGACAAGCUACGGAAUGACAACUCGGGAAGGAAUGAAGGAAGUUCAUGGCAUGCCGCCUGCGUUAGCAAAGGCACCUCUUCACCACCAUCAAAGGAGUUAUCAUCCCAUAAGUCACAGCGAAGCGAUGGACAGGUUAUCAGGCUUGCCCCCUAUGUCAUCCUUCAGACAGACACCCAGUCUACAUGGACAGUCGUCUCCUUAUCUUCACUCAGUCUCUCCUCCACUCAACGGUAGCGAUCCAAUGGGUCACGUGACAAGAGCAACGACGUCCGGAAGUCAAACAGGCGACACUCUAGGAAAAGCAUUAGCAUCUAUAUACUCGAAUGACAAUGGAACUACGUACUCAUCCAAUCCCUCGACYCCAGUAGGAUCACCACCUCCUUUGGCCAGCGUGUCGGAGAGACCGCCAUCAACUGGUUCYGGGACGUCAGGYCACUCAUCAGGAUGGGGCCGUGGAAACCAACCUACAUCGCCACCCUAUGAGAACCAGCUACAUCCUUUGAGAGAACCAAGGAGCUCCAGUAACCCUAUAGAAUUACAAAACAUGCAAUAUAUGCCACCUAAGCAAAGCCGAAUCGAGGAAAGGCUUGAUGAUGCAAUCCACGUAUUACGCAACCACGCCGAAGCAAAUGUUCCUGCUUUACGUGAAAUGUAUUCRAGCGCUGCUGGUGCCGCGGCAACAACAAGCGUUUCAGUUGCGGGAUACAACUCGGCGACUAUUCAGUCGUCACACUUAGACCAGRUGAACAAUAACCAUAGCAACAUGGAGGAAGAUCCCAAUAGCAUGACGUCACCGGGGGGAUUAUCUAGUCGAGCUUUAUCAUCGCAGAUGUCACCAGCGACUUCAGAUAUCAGUGACACCAGAUACAAAGACGACGCAAAUGUUAAUCAAGAUUCAGUCAAGGCCGAGGAUAAAAUGGACAGCUUAGACAAAGACACGGGUAGUUUGGUGGGAGAAGACGGCAAAAAUGACGACUUCAUGGAAACAGACAGAGACCGAGUGGUGAGAGAACAGGAGCGAAGGUUCGCGAAUAAUGCUCGGGAGAGAAUGCGUGUACGUGACAUAAAUGAGGCUUUCAAAGAGCUUGGACGGAUGUGCCAAAUGCAUCUACAAAACUCCAAACCCCAGACGAAGGAAAAGGAAAGACCAAGUGCACCUAAACCCCGUCGUGAACCAUCGUCGAAGGAAUGGUCUAUGUAUGACGCCUCUAGCGGGAGUAACAUCCCCCAAACUAAGCUUGUCAUACURCAUCAAGCUGUAUCUGUCAUUACAAGUCUUGAAUCUCAAGUUCGAGAACGAAAUCUCAAUCCCAAAGCAGCGUGUCUAAAACGAAGAGAGGAAGAGAAAGUAGAAGAAGAAUCACCAGAAAAGCGAGUCGUUCCUGGAGUAGACAAACCCUUUGACAACAACGCRGUACGGGGGAGGGGUGGACGAAGAGGUCGACGAUCAUCUCGAGAUUCUUUAGAGUUCUAAAAAGUACAUUUUCUCAUAUGGUUCUUUAUAAAAG